CUAACUACCAAGCAAACGUCUAUCUUGAACUACAAACACACAAAAUAAGCCACACAACAUACACCACAAAACAAUACCAUCUCAUCUCAAGAAAUCAAUAAAGAAAGGAGGUUGAAAAAGAAGAAAGAUGACAACAGAAAUCAAAGAACUCUCCCUCCCCCUCCCUUACACCCCCCACACGACCGCCCACAUCCACCUCACACGACACCAAACCUGCAGCACGGUAUUCCUGACCUCGUCGACGCCGGGCGAUGCAGCGGGGAGUAUCAAGCCGAUGGGGAGUUUUGUGUAUGCGAUGCCAGACAGAAUGAAUCCCAAAAACGUGCUAUCAACAACCAUCUACUCCUCCCCGGGAAGUGUAGAAUACACAGCCCGGGUUGCAAAGAUUCUCGCAAGGAGGAUGAAAACGCCUGUUUAUGUGGGCGGGAGUAUUGAGCCUGCGACGAUGGGGGUGAUGGCUGAGGAGGAGAUUGAGGGGGUGAAGAGGAUUGUGGAGGUUGUUGUUAGGGGGUGGGAGGGGAUGAAGAUAUGA